AUGCCUCUUACACCUCCUGCUGAGCCGGACCCGGAACCAAAGAUGAACUGGGCAUCGUUUUAUGCUGUCAUCAGUGGUGUGAACAGACACUCCACAGGCAUCGGACGCAUCUGGCUCUCUGUCCUGUUCAUUUUCCGUAUCCUGGUUCUGGUGGUUGCAGCGGAGAGCGUGUGGGGCGAUGAGAAGUCUGGCUUCACCUGCAACACCCAGCAGCCGGGUUGCAACAGUGUCUGCUACGACCACUUCUUCCCCAUCUCCCAUAUCCGCCUGUGGGCACUCCAGCUCAUCCUGGUCUCCACCCCUGCCCUGCUGGUAGCCAUGCAUGUGGCCCACCGCCGCCAUGUCGACAAGAGGCUCUACAAACUGUCAGGGCGGUCUAACCCCAAAGACCUGGAGCAGAUUAAAACCCAGAAGAUGAAAAUCUCAGGGGCUCUCUGGUGGACGUAUGUCAUCAGCCUGUUGUUCCGUAUUGUUUUCGAGGUCACCUUUAUGUAUGUGUUUUAUAUGAUCUACCCUGGUUACAAGAUGAUCCGGCUGGUGAAGUGUGACUCGUAUCCCUGUCCCAACACGGUGGACUGCUUCGUGUCGAGGCCCACAGAGAAGACUGUCUUUACCGUGUUCAUGUUGGCUGCGUCAGGGGUUUGUAUUCUGCUCAACAUUGCAGAGGUGGUCUUCUUGGCGGGGAAGGCCUGCAGUAAGCAUUUGCACACUGCUGGAGACUCGACUUUGGGGGCUUGGAUCCAACAAAAGCUCUGCUAA